AUGCGGCGUCGUAUACCCCCCAGAAAGAAAACCCCCGAAACAAAUGGAAAAUCGAACCUCCUCCGAUUUCCCAACCCCCAGGACGCCUAUGGUUUCGCUGUGCGGCCACAGCACUUGCAACGGUACAGAGAGUAUGCAAACAUCUACCAGGAGGAGGAAGAGGAGCGGUCUGAUAGAUGGAAGAACUUUCUGGAUAGGCAGGCAGAAGACGAUGAAUCAUCUGGAGAAGAUGCUAAGAUUGCACCGUCCAUUGAGGAUGAAGGAGCUAUAGGCGAUGCUGGCAGGACUGACCUGCCUGAUGAGAAGACAGCCAAACAGCAGAGACCACAUAAGAUCCAAAUAUGGUCUGAAAUCAGGCCUUCACUGGGCCACAUUGGGGAGCUGAUGAGCUUGCGUGUCAAGAAGAAGAAGAAGCAAUCUUCUGCUGACGAGGAGAACACUGAAGAUAUCAAGCCCUCAGAGGACUCUGAUGAUGAGUUCUAUGAUGUAGAGAAGGUUGAUCCCAGCGAAGGGCCUGUUGCUGACAGCACCAAUGCGGAUUCAGGAACGAAUAGAGCUGCAAGUCAAGAAGGGUAUUUUCCUUGGAAAGAAGAAUUGGAGUGCUUAGUUCGUGGUGGGUUGCCAAUGGCUCUGAGAGGAGAGCUAUGGCAAGCUUUUGUUGGUAUUGGAGCUCGCCGAGUGAAAGGGUACUACGAGAGUCUCCUUGGGGUGGUUGAUGGAGGCGGAGACAGCAAAGGUUCCGAUUCUCCGACUAAGGAAUGUGGCGACGGAAAACCAAAAGCAUCUCAAGAUCUUUCUUCAGAAAAGUGGAAAGGGCAAAUAGAGAAGGAUUUGCCUAGAACAUUUCCAGGCCAUCCAGCUCUAGACGAGGAUGGCAGAAAUGCUUUAAGACGCUUGCUCACAGCUUAUGCUAGACAUAAUCCAUCAGUCGGUUACUGCCAGGCAAUGAACUUCUUUGCUGGUCUAUUACUUCUAUUGAUGUCUGAGGAGAACGCAUUCUGGGCAUUGACAGGCAUUAUGGAUGACUAUUUUGAGGGUUACUUCUCUGAAGAAAUGAUCGAGUCUCAGGUGGAUCAGCUUGUUUUAGAGGAGUUGGUCAGAGAGAAAUUCCCCAAGUUAGUAAAUCACUUGGACUACCUUGGUGUACAAGUUGCAUGGGUUGCUGGACCAUGGUUCCUAUCUAUAUACAUGAACAUGCUUCCCUGGGAAACUGUUCUUCGUGUGUGGGAUGUGCUUCUGUUUGAUGGAAAUCGUGUGAUGCUCUUCCGGACAGCCCUUGCACUUAUGGAGUUGUAUGGUCCUGCACUUGUGACAACGAAAGAUGCUGGGGACGCCGUAACUCUCUUACAGUCUUUAGCUGGUUCCACUUUUGACAGCAGCCAGCUUGUUUUAACAGCUUGCAUGGGAUAUCAAGCUGUAGAUGAAGCAAGGCUUCAAGAUCUGAGAAAUAAACACCGGCCAUCUGUUUUGUCUUCAAUGGAAAACAGAGCAAAAGGUCUUCUUGCAUGGAGGAGCACCAACGGUCUUGCAUCAAAGCUAUACAAUUUCAAGCGUGACACUGAACCAUUGGUGUCAAUAUCAACAGAACAGUUGAAUGACUCAACAGAUGGGGAUGCUAACCAAGAAACCAGUUCUGCAAAUAUUGAUGAUAUGUAUCAUGGCUUGACUGUCAACACUGAGAUUGAUUCUAUGCCUGAUCCCAAAGAUCAGGUUAUCUGGCUGAAGGUUGAGCUAUGUAGAUUGCUAGAGGAGAGAAGAUCAGCUGUUCUGAGGGCUGAUGAACUAGAGACAGCACUGAUGGAGAUGGUUAAGCAAGAUAAUCGACGUGAAUUAAGUGCAAAGGUAGAGCAGUUAGAACAAGAAUUAUCCGAGCUAAGGCAAUCUCUAUCAGACAAGGAGGAACAGGAACAAGCAAUGCUUCAGGUCCUCAUGCGUGUAGAGCAAGAACAGAAGGUUACAGAGGAUGCCCGCAUCUUUGCUGAGCAAGAUGCAGCUGCUCAGAAAUUUGCUUCACAUGUCCUUCAGGAAAAGUAUGAUGAAGCUAUGGCUUCACUCACGCAAAUGGAGAACAGAGCAGUCAUGGCAGAAACAAUGUUGGAGGCAACACUUCAAUACCAAUCUAGCCAUCAGAAAGCACAACUACCAUCCCCUUCUCCUUCUCCAAGGACACCAACGCGAGACGCAUCUCCUGGCCAAGUGAACCAAGAUUCAUCACAGGAGUUUCAGCCUAGAAAAAUAAGUUUGCUUGCCCCAUUUUCACUCAGUUGGCGUGACAAGAACAAGGGCAAACAAGACGAGUCAACAAACGGCAAGCUUAAUAACAACACUGAGCAAAGUGUUGAGACACCAAAGACAGACCACGGAAACCAGGAGGCCACGCCUAAAGAGGGUGAACAGCGAGUGGAGACACCCAACAGGGAUGAACCCGGAUUGGAGACGGCCAAGAUGGACAGCGAUGUGCCAACUGUCGAGACGACCACGGAUAAAAUGAACGGGCAGGAAGGACAUUUAGAAGAAAUAAAACUGGAUUGA